CUCACUCUCUCUCUUUCUCUUCUCUGUUCCAUUUUCUCUCCGUUUCCCUGUAGAUUCAAUUUUCACGGCAAACAAACAGAAGAAAAAACAACCAUAACGAAUCGCUAUGGUGAGAGACGACUUGUACAUAACGGUGCCGAGCUUCUUCCGGUGUCCGAUUUCUCUCGACGUGAUGAAAUCCCCGGUCAGCCUCUCCACCGGCGUCACCUACGACCGCUCCAGCAUCCAGCGCUGGCUCGACUCCGGCAACAACACCUGCCCGGCGACGAUGCAGGUCCUCGAGACCAAGGAGUUCGUCCCCAACGACAACCUCCACCGCCUCAUCCAGAUCUGGUCCAACUCCGUCCGCAACAACUCCGCUUCCUCCGCCUCCGCGGCGGAGGAGGCCGAGUCGGCGCCGCUUUCCCCGGACAAAAUCCAGCUCGUCGUCAAGGAAAUCGGAGGCGAGAAGAAGGAAUCGGGAGCGAAUUGCUCGCUCGACGCGCUUUCGAAAAUCGCUUCGUUCGCGGAGGAAUCCGGAGAGAACCGGAGGUUCCUGGCGAAGAUGGACGGUUUCGUGGCAAUGCUCGCGGAUCUGAUUUGUUCAGAUGACAAGGAGUUAUCCCCGCCGGUGGUGGAGGAGCUGGCGGUUAGGGUUUUGGAUUUGGUGUCGAUCGAAUUUGGGGAUUUUCGCGAGCUGAAGAGAUUGAUACUGAUUCCGAAGGAGAAAUCCCCCAAUUCGCUGCCGCCGUCGCUCCUCCGUGUUAUGAAACAGGGGAGGAGCAGCAGCAGUCAAUCGCGAAUCGCAGCCGUACGGAUCAUCCAAUCAAUCGCCAUCGACGCCGAAUCGAAGCUCGCGCUGGCGGAAAGCGACGGAUUACUGCUCCACCUAGUCAACUCCAUCGCUCCGCAAACCGAUCCGUCUCUCGUCGACGCCUGCCUCUCGUGCCUGAUCUCGAUCUCAAUGCCGAAGCGCGUGAAGCCGCAGCUCGUCCGCCUGAGAACGAUCGCGAAGCUUCGCGAGAUUCUGAAAUCUCCGUCGGUAAUCUCCGCCUCGACGACGGAGAAGGCGCUGAAGCUGCUCGAGUCGGUCUCGUCCUGCCGGGAAGGGAUGGCGGAGCUUUGCGGCGACUCCGCGUGCGUGGAGGCGGUGGUGAGGAAGGCGAUGAAGGUUUCCGACGCGGCGACGGAGGUCGCGGUGACGAUACUGUGGACGGUGUGCUACCUGUUCAGGGACCAGAAGGCGGCGGACGCGGUGAUCAGGAGCAACGGCCUGACGCGGAUCCUGCUGCUGAUGCAGAGCAACUGCUCGCCGGCGGUGAGGCAGAUGUCGACGGAUUUGCUGAGGAUUUUCCGCGUGAAUUCCAAGUCAUGCCUUUCUAGUUACGACACUAAGACCACCCACAUUAUGCCGUUUUGACAGUCCACCUUGUAAAAAUCCGCACCAGAAAAGGAUUGUUAGAAAAAAAGAUGAAUUUUGGUAGUUAAUUAAUAUAUACUUAAUACAGGGAGAGAUUAGUCUCCAAUUCGUUUGAUUUUCGAAUUAGGGUCUCAUGAUUUAGUUCGAUUUCCCUCUCUUCCUUGUAAAUCAGGUAACAUUUCUGCGGAUACAAUACAGUAACUUACAGAAAAAUCGUUGGUUUGGAUCAACUUAUACGUUUAGUUGGUAAACUCAUUACGAUGUAUAGGGAACACGAACCUGUAAAUAGCUACUAAAUUAACGAGGAUUGGACAAUUUGCGACAGCGGGGCAGGCAAGUAAUGAAUAAAAAAAACUAC